UUUCAACCUUUUUCCACGUUGCAGUAUAUUUUAGCAAGGUGGGAGUCAGCAUGCUUGCAUAAUUGCACUGUAAAAUAGCGUCUUUUUUACUCAGCACAACAGGAUUUUGUAAAGCAGGUCGUUUGAUUUAUAACUUUAAACUGUCCUGCGAUGUCAUCGAGUCAUUCUGCUUCAGGAGUGCCUAAAUGGGAAUUUCGCGUCCGCCUGCUACUGUGUUUUUUGGGGUUGGUUCUGUCGGUGUACGCGUUACACGUCGAGCUGUCCCGGGAAAGCAAUCCCGAAUACCGGGCGAUGUGCGACCUCGGUAAUUCCGUGAGCUGCUCAAAAGUCUUCACAUCCAGAUGGGGACGUGGAUUUGGGCUCGUCCAGAUCUUUACUUCCAAAGACAGCGUGCUGAAUCAGCCGAACAGUGUGCUGGGCAUCAUUUUCUAUACACUGCAGCUGGGUUUGGGUCAGAUGGUGUCCAGCAGGGCAGGGUUUUUCCUGGUCAUGUCCUCUUGGGUGUCUGUGGCCGGAUCUGUGUAUCUGGCUUCCAUUCUGGCUUUCGUCUUGGGUGAUUUCUGUGUGGUUUGUGUCUCGACCUACAUCAUAAACUUUGCCCUUCUCUACACAAACCUGAAGAGAAGAUCCGGACUAGAGGCCCGCAUGAAGAAAGGGAAGAGCCAAUAACAUCAGCGUUUCAUUUUGAGUUUCAAAGUCUUUAAAUGGACAGUUCACCCAGAAAUGAACAUUCAUCAUUCCAAAUCUUUAACGUUUUGUUUCUUCUAAUGAACACAAAAGAAGAUAUUUUGAAGAAUGUCGGUAAUCAAAAAGUUGGUGCUUACCAUUGACUUCCAUCAGUGCUUCCCACAGGUUUAAAAUAUACUCGCGGUGGUAGCCGGAUUGAAACAUACUAUUUACCCACAUCACGUUAAUGGUUAGCUAUAUGUGACAAACAAAACAUAAUUCGAUUUUUAACAAUAUUUUUAUUUAUUAAGACACUGUAUACAAUUUAACUGUUUAUUUUUAAUAGGUUAAAGUUAAAAAGAAAUCCACAAUUUUCCUUACUUCUAUGCUAUUCAGUAGCCAUGUGCACCCACUGACCGGUCAAAUCUGCUUCUCUCUUUCUCACAUUCAAGUUCAGGUUGCUAUAUUGGCAUGACAUUUUGUACAGUAUUGCCAAAGCAUUUUAGAUGUAUAAAAUAUGUAAUAUAUUGACAUCAUCAAAUGAAUAAAAUAAUGAGAAAUAAAUGACAGAAAAAAGGAAUAAAAUCAGACAAUAUCUGAAAAAAUUAUUAGUUAUUACAAGAAUAAAAUGUGUAGAUUAUUUAAAUAAGGCACCAUUUCUAAUGGUGUACAAAUAAUUUGCAGCCAAUUGAGAUGUAAUUUCAUCCUCUCUGGGUGUUUAGUAAAGUUUUAAGUGUUUCGAGUCGUUUAGAUCAGUGUUUCCCAACCCUGUUCCUGGAGGCACACCAACAGUACAUAUUUUGGAUGUCUCCCUUUUCUGACCCAUUAACUUCAGGUGUUGGAGUCUCUUCUGAUGUUAUGAUAAGUUGAUUCAGGUGUGUUUGAUUAGGGAGAGAAUGAAAAUGUGUACUGUUGGUGUGCCUCCAGGAACAGGGUUGGGAAACACUGGUUUAGAUCAACAAAUUAAUUAUUUAAUGUUUCUCUCUUGCGGUUGUGCGUAUACAAUUAAUGACAGCUUCAGAAAGCAAAAGCCAAAUCCUGGACGUUUUAGGAGAUUUAGAAACCCUGGAUGGACAGUUUCAAAAAGGCGAGUGUCUUUAGGUCUCUGCCGAGAAUGUGAGACUGUCUGUCAGAGUGUUGAUAGUUCUUGUGCACACAAAACGAAACGGGUAAAUGAGAGAAUAUUUUCCACUACUUAGUCGAUGGCGAAUGUUUGGUUAUAUUGGGUGGAUACAAAAAAGUGUUAAAGGAUGAUAAUAAUAGUAACUAAAAAAUGUCACUAUAUUCCCCGUAUUCUUCACGUACGAGCGGGCGCAGCCAUUGGAAUCUUUUUGGCUCGAGACUUCCGCUCUCAUUCACUUCCAUUCAUUUUUAGACGUUAAAAACGGCUCGGUUUGCUGCUUGAUGUUGCAAACUGACGUUUUCUUAUUAUAUUAUUCUACUGUGUCUGUAUAGUCAUGAAAACACUUGCGUGUAGAGCCAGUAGUUUGACCGUUUUCUGCGUUUAUUAUUGCUAGUCGUUUCUCCCAUAGGCAGCUGAGUCGGAAGUUCUAAAACAAUUGCAAAAACGAGCGCACUUCCGCAUCGAAGAAUAAAGUCAGUAUACCGUCCGAGUAAAUUCUGUGUGUGGGAAGCACUGUCCAUACACUCUCAGAAAUAAAGGCACGAGAGCUCUCACUGGUGUGGUACCAUAUUUGUACUCCGUAUUGGUAUCUCGAAGGUACAGUUGAAGUCAGAAUUAUUAGUCCUCCUCAAUUAUUAGCCUCGCUGUAUGCUUUUCCCUAAUCUCUGUUUAAAAGAAAGAUUUUUUUAACACAUUUCUAAACAUAAUAGUUUUAAUAACUCAUUUCUAAUAACUGAUUUGUUUUAUCUUUGCCAUAAUGACAGUGAAUAAUAUUUUAUUUAAUAGAUAUUUUUUAAGAUACUAGUAUUCAGCUUAAAGGGACAUUUAAAGGCUUAAUUAGGCAAGUUAGGGUAAUUAGGCUAGUCAUUAUAUAGUGAUGGUUUAUUCUGUAGAUCUUUGUAAACUAAUAUUGCUUAAGGGGGCUAAUAAUUUUAACCUUAAAAUAGUUUUAAAAAAUUAACUGCUUUUAUUCUAGCUGAAAUAAACGGAUAAGACGUUUUCCAGAAGAAAAAAAUAUUAUAGGAAAUACUGUGAAAAAUUCCUUGCUCUGUUAAACAUCAUUUGGGAAGUAUUUGAAAACAAAAUAAAUAAAUAAAAUCACAGGAGGGCGAUUCAUUUGUGC